AUGAUGCAAAAUGUCCAUCUGGCUCCUGAGAACGAUGAAGAUGAUCUCUAUUCUGGCUACAAUGAUUAUAAUCCCAUGUUUGAUACAGAGGAUUUAGAAAACGAUGUAGCUUUUCAACAGGCAGCAAGAACAAGUCAUGGAAGAAGACCCCCUGUGACAGCCAAAAUUCCUGGCUCAGCAAGUUCAAGACCUUUAGCUACUGGAUUUGGGCCAAAGACAACUUUACCUUCAUCUAUGGGAAGACCAAUGACAGGAGGUAUACAGGAUGGGGUUUCUCGACCAAUGACAGCAGUGCAAGCUGCAGGUUAUACUAAGGCAGCUAUGAGAGGUUCUUCAUUUGAUCCUCUUGGCCAAGCAAGAGGUCCUGCUCCACCUCUGGAAAAGAAAAAUUCAGACAGUCCAGAAGAGAAGUUGAGGCAGUUGGAAAAAAAAGUGAAUGAACUGGUUGAAGAAAGCUGUGUUGCCAACAGCUGUGGAGACUUGAAAUUGGCUCUGGAAAAAGCAAAAGAGGCUGGAAGACAGGAAAGAGAAUUGCUGAGACAACGUGAACAAAUUACUCCUCCAGAAAAUAUCAACUUAGACCUCACUUACUCAGUUCUUCUCAAUCUGGCCAGUCAGUAUGCUGCUAAUGAAAUGUAUGCUGAAGCACUGACUACUUACCAAGUCAUAGUGAAGAAUAAGAUGUUCACCAGUGGAGGUAUACUGAAGGUAAAUAUGGGAAAUAUAUAUUUAAAACAGCGGAACUAUUCCAAAGCUAUCAAAUUCUACCGUAUGGCUCUAGACCAGAUUACUAGUGCCCACAAAGAGAUGAGGAUGAAAAUAAUGGAAAAUAUUGGAGUUGCAUUUAUUAAAACUGGCCAAUACGUUGAUGCCAUUUCUUCAUUUGAAGAUAUAAUGAGCAUAUCCCCAAACCUGAAGGCAGGCUUCAACUUGAUCCUAUGUUAUUUUGCUAUUGGAAAUGGUGAGCAAAUGAAGAAAGCCUUCAAAAAACUGAUUGCAGUUCCUUUGGAAGUAGAUUUUGAUGACAAAUACAUUUCAUUAAAUGAUGAUCUACAUACCAAUUUACUGCUCGAAGCCAUUAAAAAUGACAGUAUAAGUCAAAUGGAACGUGAGAGGAAAUCCAUGGCAGAGGAAUACAUCAUGACGGCUGCUAAACUCAUUGCACCAGUAAUUGAGACAUCUUUUGCAGUAGGCUAUGACUGGUGUGUCGAUGCGGUAAAAGCUUCCCACUAUGUAGAGUUAGCCAAUGACCUGGAAAUAAAUAAAGCCACUACUUACUUGAGGCAGCAGAAUUUUAACCAGGCACUGGAGACUUUGAAAAUGUUUGAAAAAAAGGAUAGCAGAGUAAAGAGUGCAGCUGCAACAAACCUUUCAUUCCUUUAUUAUUUGGGGAAUGAAUUGGCACAAGCAACUAACUAUGCAGAUUUAGCUGUAAAUUCUGAUAGGUAUAAUCCAGCAGCUCUAACUAACAAAGGAAAUACUGUUUUUGCAAAUGGAGACUAUGAAAAAGCAGCUGAAUUUUAUAAGGAAGCUCUCAGGAAUGAUUCCUUAUGCACUGAAGCACUUUAUAACCUUGGUUUAGCGUACAAGAAGUUAAACAGGAUAGACGAAGCUUUGGAUUUUUUGCUGAAACUCCAUGCAAUCCUUCCAAAUAGUGCCCAAGUCCUUUACCAGAUAGCAAGCAUAUACGAGAUCAUGGAAGAUCCCAAUCAAGCCAUAGAGUGGCUCCUGCAGUUGAUCAGUGUAGUACCAACUGAUCCACGUGUACUUUCAAAGCUAGGGAAAUUAUAUGAUAAUGAAGGUGAUAAAUCCCAAGCUUUUCAUUAUUACUAUGAGUCAUACCGGUAUUUCCCUUCAAACAUUGAGGUCAUUGAAUGGCUUGGAGCAUAUUAUAUUGACACCCAGUUUUGUGAAAAAGCCAUUGAGUACUUUGAAAGAGCAGCACUUAUCCUGCCAACACAAGUGAAGUGGCAGCUGAUGGUUGCAAGUUGCUACAGGAGAAGCGGUAACUACCAGAAAGCUCUAGAGAAAUACAAAGUCAUUCACAGAAAAUUCCCAGAGAAUGUUGAAUGCCUCCGAUUUUUAGUUCGUCUCUGCACAGAUAUGGGGCUGAAAGAAGUCCAGGAAUAUAUAACAAAGCUCAAGAAAGUGGAAAAAUUAAAAGAAAUAAGAGAGCAGCGCAUUAAGUCUGGCAGAGAUGGCAGUGCACGUAACCGCAGAGAAGGAGGUGGUGACAGUGGUGGUACCAAAGGGGAAAGACUGAGUGCCAAACUAAAAGCUUUGCCUGGAACAAAUGAACCCUAUGAAAGUAGAAGCAGUAAAGAAAUAGAUGCCUCCUACAUAGAUCCACUUGGCCCACAAGCAGAAAGACCAAGAACAGCAGCAAGAAAAAGAACUGAGGAAGAUGACUUUGCUGAUGAAGAACUAGGAGAUGAUCUGCUUCCAGAAUAGCAUAUGGGCCACUCAACAUUUUUUUUAAUCCCUGUAAAAGUUUUAGCUGAAAAACUUUCAUUCAUUAUGAUUUUGUAGUAGAUUUUGAUAAAUUAUUUGGGAAAUAUUUUGGAUAUAUGGUACCUUAUAUUAAAAACCUGUAUUUGAAA